GUUCCGAGUUGACCCUCCUAUUCCGCCACCACCUCCGCCCAUGGGAUCGACGAAAAUAACAAAUCCAUCAUCCCCACAUUUCCUUCAACCCCUAAUGACCAUAGACGCCUCCAUUUCAGUUUUCCUCCACACUUUCUUCAAACCUAUCCUCCCAGCUUUCCUUCUCCUCCUCCUUGAAUACUCCGCCGAUUUCCGCUUUUCCUUCCCGGUUUCCCUCUCUCUCUUUCUAGCUUCCCCUUCCUAUUCCUCUUUAGCAAUCCCUCUCAUCCUCGGCCACCUCCUGGAUCUUGCUUUGAUCGGCCUCAUCAAACUGACCUUCCGCCGUGCCCGUCCUCAUUACAACCCAAACAUGUCCCCAGCUGUCCACGCCGACAACUUCUCUUUCCCAAGUGGCCACGCGUCACGGGUUCUAUUUUUAGCUACUCUAUUCCACCUUAUUGUUCAACACAACGAGGAUAUAGUUUCGGAUUCUAUUCAACGGUGGAUUAAAUUUGAACCCGGUUUUGUUAUGCUAGGCGUAUGGGUUUGGGCUAUAAUUACUGCUACUUCAAGGGUUUUGCUUGGAAGGCAUUUCUUUUUCGACGUUUUGGCCGGAGCCCUUGUUGGUGCGCUUGAAGGGAUUGUUGCGUAUCAAUUCUUGAGGUUUUAGGAAGCAUUCUCAAAGAAUCACUUUACUCUGAUGACGUUUCUGUGAUGCCUUAUUUUAUCGAAUUCCUUUAACCAAAUCAGCUGAAGAAAUUACGAGAGAGUUUUUCAUUGGAUCACUCAAUAAUGUUCUCUUCUACUGUAUAUGUCUAACAUAAGUAUGUUUAACAAUGCAAGCGGGGAUGAUACCUUCUCUCUCUGUUUUCUUAAGCUUCUGUAAUCAACUUUCCCUUCAGACAUGAUAAACUUCUCAUAUUAUGAUUCUUAGAGACCGUCACUGCAAAAUUAAGAAUUCACAAGAUGAAUCUCUAUCUUGGAAAUUUGGUUUUGGUGAAAGUUUAAGGAUUUUGAAGUGUAAUUUCUAGCAUAUGCUUCUCCCCCGCCUUUACUUUGUAGAUGGAUUAAAAGAAUCAAACACGACUUGAAUGCAUCAUGAUCUCUGGAUGUUAAAAUAUUGGCCUUUUCUGUUUCAUUAUUCUUAAUGUAUAUGAUUGCAUUAUUAGAAUGUAACAAGGUUGAUUUGUUCAUCCCCCCCCCCUUCCCCCAAAAUGAUAUAUUGAUCUGUUACACAGCUGACACUUUCA